GUUUGUUUACUCUGUACUUUGUGGAUAGUCUUUGCUCGGACGAUUAACCCAAAGAAUAUUAAUGCAGAGCAGAUCAACUGAUCGGACCAUCCUUGGAGACCGUUUGAGAGUCUGUGCGACGGAGAUUGCUCUUUGGUUCACUUUACUAAUUUUGGGAUGCUCCUCUAAUUGCGAUGGAGCGUUGGGCUGCUCUCGACCAUGGGGGCAGUUAAAAUUAGAAUUGAAGGACCAUCCUCGACUAACCGACUGAGUCUGAAACAGGAUCCUCCCGACUGCAUCCAAGUGGUGCUGGUGCUGCU